AUGAACAGAGGUAAAAAACGAAAGCUAAAAAUUGACACCUGGAAGCAGACUGUAAGAAAACAUCAGAGGGAUGCAGGAGAAGCAUACAUUUCAUCGAGAAACGUACCUAAGGCUGCGUUAAGCCAGCCAGAAGAGCGUGGUCCCGAAAUUUCACUUACGGCUUGGGCCUGUGACCAUCCUGACAGUAUGGGAUAUCGUGCAAUGUGUGCAUUUUUUUUUAGGAACGUGUCUGCAAAUGUCCUCAAACCCCCAGAGGAUGUAACGCCGAUUUGCUCGUUGGAAGACAUGGUUUAUCACGACAUUUUCAAGAGCAAGUUCAAUCUGCGAUUUGGUCUACCAAGAUCUGACACAUGUUCGUAUUGUGACAAGCUGUUUAUGAAACUUUGUUCAACUGAUGACGCUAAUGAAAAGAAAAAAAUAGAAAUCGAGAGUGAGAUCCACCAUAGAAAAGCUGAAGCGGGUUAUAAAACAUUGAAAGAUGAUACCGAGACCUCUAAACUCAAUCCAAAUUAUGUUGUGUUGUGCACAGAUCUGCAACAAGUGCUUUUUUGUCCCAAUUUAACACAUUCAUCUGUAUUCUAUCAAAGGCAAUUCUCAACAUAUAACUAUGCUGUUCAUAAUAUGGGGGAGGAAAACGCAACAAUGUUACUAUGGCAUGAAGCAAUGGCACAUCGGGGAUCUACAGAGAUUGCUUCAGCACUACUAUUCUAUAUUACUAACAAGUAUAGUCGUCUCAAAGCAGGUGAAGAAAGAAGAAAACUAGUUGUAUGGUCAGACAGGUGUGUGGGCCAGAACAAUAACUGGAAAAUGCUGACAAUGCUGCGACUUCUAGUUUUAGAAAAGUUCUUUACGCAAGUCGAACAAAAAUUUCUUACGAGCGGGCAUAGCUUUUUGCCGUGUGAUAGAGACUUUUCUCUCAUAGACGACAAAAAAAAAUCUCUAAAGUAUUUGUUCCCUCACAGUGGGCUGUUGUCGCUAAGUCGAAGGUAUCCAAUCCAUUUAAAGUGA